AUGCCGCGCAGCAAGCCCGCUCCGGUUAAACGCCAGCGCGUCGAGCCGAGCGGCGACGCGGCGCUCUUUGCCGCGGCGCAGCGCGUGGUCGAGCAGCUCGAGGCGGAGGAGGUGGAGGCGUGGACGGCGUGCGCCGAGACCGCCUCGCGCCACGUUGACUUUGGCGCGGUCCCUGCCGCGGCGUUCGGGCUCGCCAAGGCGGUCGUGCCGGCGGAGGACCACGAGAUCUUUGUGAGGCUGCACGACACAAUCGUGGAGCGGCACCGCAAGACGAUGGCCGGGUGGGGGGGCGUCGACGACAGCUCGGGGCGGCAGCGGUGCUACGGCUACUUUCGGAACCCCGCCGCCGAGGCGCUGCACGCUCGCUCGCACAGCAUGCGCGAGCUCGCCGGCGGCCGUGCAGCGGAGGACCGCGAGGCCAACCGGCGCGCCUCCUCCCUGCUCGAGCCGGACGACCUGCCCGAGGGGCUCGACGCGGCGCUCGACCGGCUCUGCGCGUGCCUCGCGCCUCAGAUCGCGGCCGCGUCGCGGUCCGCGCUGUCGCCGGCGCGGCUGGUUGCGGCGCAGCCGAACUUGCACAACGGGCGGCGCUACCUGCGGCCGCACCUCGAUGAGCCGCUGCACGACGGCUUUGGCGUCGUCAUCGUCACCACACUUCCUAGACACUUCCUAGGCGUCGUCAUCGUGACCGUGGCGGUGCGAGGGUCCGCGACGGUGCUGCUUCAGACCGACGGCGCCGCGCGGCAGCGGCUGUGCUUUCGGCUCGAGAGCGGCGGCCGCGAGGCGUACGCGCUGUCGGGCGCGGCGCGCGACGCGUGCUUGCACGGCGUGCUGGCGGACGAGGGCGGCGAGCCACGUUGCUCGCUCAACUUGCGGUUCGGGCUGCACAGCCCCGGCAUGGAGGGCGAGUUCCCGGCGGGGCGGGUCGGGUACGGCGGCGCGGGAGAGGCGCUAGGAGAGGCGAAGUAG